AUGUCGAAAGUGGCUAGCUUAUCUUACAAGAAAAGCCAGAAAGUCUUACAGUCCUUGCGCGACCAGCAACGGCACUCCCUGGGCACUGGGUUUGAGAGUGCCAAUAUCCUCCUCUCGCCCAAGUAUCGCCUCAAAGACAAGGAUCUGAGAAAGAUCCACAAGGCUGCGAGUGUCGGGGACGCAGCCAGAGUACAGCAGCUCCUGCUUGGGAAAUGCGGUGUGAACGACAGAGACAAGAAGAAGAGGACCGCCCUCCACAUUGCCUGUGCUUACGGCCGCCCAAAGGUAGUGAUGGCCCUGAUCGAGGGAAAGUGUGAGAUCGACGCCGUUGACAGUGACAAAUGCACAGGUCUGGUGAAGGCUGUGCAAUGUCAGGAAGAAGAAUGUGCCACCAUUCUGCUGGAGAACGGUGCUGACCCGAAUAUUGUGGAUGCCCAGGGCAACAGCGCUCUCCACUAUGCUGUCUAUUAUAAGAAUACAUCACUUGCUGCAAGACUGCUUGAACAUGAAGUGAAUAUUGAAGAAAAGAAUAAGAGUGGCUUCACGCCAUUUUUACUGGCUGUCAGUGAAAACAAACUGAAGAUGGCAAAAUUUUUAUCAAUGAAGAAUGCUAAUGUGCAUGCAACUGACAACCAGAAAAGAACAGCCCUCAUGCAUGCUGUAAGUCAUGACUCAACAGAUAUAGUCAGAUUUAUUCUUCAGCAAGGUGGAGACCUCUUUUGCAAAGAUGACUUUGGAUUGACUGCAUUCGAUUAUGCUGAUGAUUUUAAAUAUUAUGCCAAUAUGAAAAUCCUUCUUGAAUAUAAAGAGAAGAGAGAUGAGAAGUCUGAAAGAGUCAACCUAGUGGAGGAAAGUGCUGAAGAGGACUCUUCCAGAAGGAAGGACCAACAGAGCCAGGAAGUGGAAAAAAUGAAAAAGGAAGAAUUGGCUGAACCAGGAGCUGGAAGGAAAGAACAAGAGCCAGCUGGAGGGGUGACAUCCGUGCACGACCCGAGGAGGCUCGAUGGCAGAGGAGAUGACCAGCUCCAGGAAGGUGCAACCGAGCCAAGGGCUAGCAAAGAAGAUGAAGAAAUGGCAUGCACAUUAGCCACAGAAAAAGAGGCUGAGGAUGAAUCAUCCUGGGACUCUGAGAGUGUUUCUGAGACUCUUCCACUUAUUCGUAUUGGUGUUGAUGGAAUGUUACAAGUAAAUGGCCAAGCAGUAGAAAAUCCAGAGAAAUAUCUUCAUUGGCUGCCUAACAGAAAAGGGAGAGAUUCUCUCCCUGAGCAAAUGAAAGGAGUUAGGGAUGCACAGGCAUUCACACCAGCAGAGCCAGGCUUAGAAUUGACUUCGGAGGAAGAGCACAAAGGGCCUGCCAGAAGUGAAGAUAAGCAGUGUCAGGUUGAAGAAGAAAGGAAGCAGGGAUGGGACAGAGGGGAAGCGUCAGAGAGCCUGUGCGCUGCCGCUCUUGACCAUGGUGACGGUGGAUCAACUCUAACAAGGAAGAAUGGGACAUCUGGCUCCCAGCGGUCUCCUAGUACCGACAGCAAAGAGCAGGAUGGUGGUUCUGCCUUGAAUAUAAAAGAAGAAAAGAAAAGAGAGCAUGAAAACUGGUCAUCAGGAGACUUUGUGACUGAAUUGACGGCUGGGGCGUCUGAGUUGGCGGCUCAUCUCCUGAGAGUGAAGGAUACUUGCAGUUUAAAUGACAGCAGCCCUGAUAAAGGAAGGUCUGCAAAUCAAAAAUCAAAGGAAAAGCACAAGGUCAGAAGAGAAACGGAUGCUGUGGAAGACGCUGAUGACCUCACUCAGCCAUCUGAGUUGUCCUCAGAGGACGACAGCAAACAGAAACUGAAAGGAGCCCUGGGAGCUACUUACCGGGAAACUGGAAACACGGAAAACAGAGAAGCUGAAGAAGAGGGGAUGAAAGCAGAGCCUGCGAGAUCAAGAGUUGCAUUAAAACACAAAGAGAAGAAGGAAGAGAAUGAAUGCGUGAAGACCGAGUUGCCAGGGAAAGAUAGACUUUCUACCGAAGACCAGCAAUAUGCCGUGGCUCUGGGGAGCCUGUACAUGAGAGCAAAGCAGACCUUGAGUCAGAUCGUGGGAGCCGCUAUAAUGUGGUGCUGGGAACCAAACCUAGAUCCUCUGGAAGAACAAGUGAUCUCAACCACUGAUGCAUCUCUGCAGCCAGCUAUGUGCAUAUGUAAAGCAUUUGGGGAUGCUAGAGGCACGUUUCCCAUUGAACAAGCUGAUAGUCUUCAGUGCCCAGUCUGCAGCAGUUGGAAUAGUAACAUCCGUGAGAGCUUUGCCAAAUUGCAAGAGGCACAGGAUCGACAAAGAAAGUCCACGCAGAGUUCUCAGAAGACUCAGGAUCGCUUGCAGAAGCUUCAAGCUAAUGUUCUUGAGGCAGAUUACAAUACAAGACAAGGAAAGAAAAUUGCAGAGCUUCAGGAACUGUGGGCAAGCUUGACGAGAAACAAAGAGGAACAGCUAAAGAAACUCAACAAAAUCAUACUAUGUCUGAAGUGUUCUUUGGACCAAAAGAAGAGUGGAAAUGAAGAAUUGGAGAGGGAGCUCACCGAAAUAAAGAAACACUUAGAAAUAAUGAAAAGAAAAUUGAAUGAUCAUGAAAAUGGAGAAUUUAGUUGCCAUGGGAGAUUUAAAACUAAAGAACUUGAAGUGAAUAUUUCAGUGGAUGUGUAAAAAAAUGAGAUCCAUGAAUUGAAAGAAAAAUGGGGGACUAUAAACGCCAAAUAUCUACCUCUGAAUGUACAAUUUAAAUACAUUGAGCAGGAGUUGUUAUCAAUAAAAAUAGCACAAAAGCAAUAUGAGAGGCUCCACAAGGAUCAGAAGGUUCUGGAAAAAGAAGUGCUAGACCUGCAGCACCAGCUACAAGAGAACAUGGCAAAAUCAGAAGAUAAAAAAUAUGAAUUGGCACUAAGAGACAGUAAUAAUGAUUCGGUAAUGAGUCAAAUGGAACUCAGGCUGAAAAAUCUUGAAUCAGAGCUUGAGAAAAUGGAAGCUGAAGGAGAGUCUAAUGCAAGAAAGGCAGAGAAAUACAAGCAGUGCCGUGUCAAAGAAAGGGAGCUCAGCAAGAUAUUAUCACAGAAGCUCAGCAAGACUAACGGCAAACUGAGUAAGGUCAGAACAGCCAUUCUGCUGGAGACAGAACGCAACAGAAUUGUGCAGAGUGUGCUCAGUGUGAGACCUGUCCCCGAAUGUCCUGGCGCCACAAAGUGUAAUACUUGUGUAAAAUGCAACACUAGCUUCAUGACAAGCAGAACCCCAGAGCCUUCUACAUCCAGCCCUCAGCGUUCUGAGUCUAGGAGAAGGAGUCUGCUCAAGAAGCAGCAGCAAAUGGUAAAAGACAUAACUGAAGAGGUAGAUAAAGCUGCAGCUGAACUUGAGUGUUGGUCCUUAGAAGCUUAUCCUUCAGGAUCUAAAUAA